UGGGUGUGUGUGUGUGUGUGUGUGUGUGUGUGUGAAUCGGAGGGAGGAAAUGCUGAACACUCAGACCCACACACAUAUUAAUCAUUAAAACAGGGCGCGAUUUGUAACAGAUCAUCACGCCUACAGCGCGAUCCUGUGCUUUAAAUGUCUUGAGGUCGACUUCUCCCACUGAGAGGAUGCUUGUUCAGGGAUGAGAAAAGCGUUUUCGCUGGUCUCGGUUCCGAACAGAAGUUGUGACUUUCUUCGGAGGUGUGGUUCGUCUUGCUCAUGCAAUAACACUAUCAUGGCAGCCUUCAAGGGUGUGUGGACUCAGGAAUUCUGGCGAGCCAUUUCGGGGGAGUUUUUAGCCAUGAUAAUAUUCGUACUGCUCAGUUUGGGGUCCACCAUCAACUGGGCAGCAACACAGGAGAACCCUCCGCCCGCUGACCUUGUCCUAAUCUCUCUUUGCUUUGGUUUAUCCAUCGCAACCCUCGUCCAGUGUUUCGGGCACAUCAGCGGUGCCCACAUCAAUCCGGCCGUCACCACGGCGAUGGUAGCUACACGGAAGCUGAGUCUGGCAAAGGGUGUGUUUUAUUUGUUGGCACAGUGUCUGGGGUCAGUGGUGGGGGCAGCCAUCUUAUACGGAGUGACACCAGCAUCAGUCAGAGGAGGAAUGGGGAUCCCUACUGUCAAUGCUGAAAUCUCCACUGGUCAUGCAAUUGUGAUAGAGCUCAUAAUCACUUUUGAGCUUGUCUUCACUGUCUUUGCCACCUGUGACCCCAAACGCAAAGACCUCAAAGGUUCGGCAGCACUGGCUAUUGGUCUGUCGGUGUGCAUCGGCCAUCUGUUUGCUAUCCCAUACACUGGAGCCAGUAUGAAUCCAGCUCGCUCUUUUGGGCCUGCAGUCAUUAUGGCAAAAUGGCAGGACCACUGGGUGUACUGGGUGGGCCCUUUAAUAGGGGGCAUUCUUGCUGCAGCUGUGUACGAAUAUCUAUUCUGUCCUGACCCUGACCUGAAGCGCCGCUAUGCUGACGUCCUCUCCAAAAGCCACUUCCAAAUCGACCCGUAUCGGGUGGUGGACACAGAUUCAUACCCCAGCGAUCAAGCUCAGCUCAUGGCCAAGCAGGCAGCGAUCAGAGUGCUGGACCUGGAGAGGGCAGAGAAGAAGGACGGAGAGUUGGCUGGAGAGGUGCUGUCGUCUGUAUGACUAGUGAGAGGCACUGAGGAGGAACAGCACAACACUUUACAACAUUAAUGAGCUCAAAGAGACAGAUCUGUUCUAGAGUCUGUGCUUUUGUGUACAGAGCCUCU